UACAUGAUGUACAUGCACAUCCUCCCCCACACCCCAUACACACCCAUCACCUUGUCUCCUUCCUCCGUCCUUCCCCGCUCGUGUGUCUGCCAUCGUCUCUGCACAAACAGCUGCAAAUGCAAAUGCAGGUUCUUCUCCUGAUGGGGCAGAAGAGGAAUUGACUGUCACUGUUUACAAAGAGCUAGAUACACUCGGCGUUCAUCCUCUUUGAUGGAACUGCAAUGCUGAGGGAAGCCGCUGAGGUAACCGUGACUGGACCUUCGACCACCAAGUCCCGUAAGCGGUGCGCGCAGUCGUCGUCGGGCGCGUCGUCGGAAUCCCAAAGGAGGAGGAAGCCGCAGCUGAAGCGAGGCGUGCGGCUGACCGGCCGGAGGGGAGGAGCCGCGUCGCCGUGCUUGAGCAGGAGGAGGAGGAUGUCGGAGUCGUCCUGGAACCGGCAUUACCGGUUCGCCGACGUCGAGACGUGGUCAACGUCGGCGGCGUCGGCCCGGAAGCUCGUCAGCGCUCUCUGGCAGCUCAACAAGGGGGGUGCGUUCGAGGAGGAGGGGGAGAUCGGGUGGGACGCGGCGGCCGCCCGCCGGACCUCGGAUCACUGGCGUAGCGCGUCCGUGGAGUUCUCCAAGAUGUCGAGACGGAAGAGCAAGGCUUUGAAGGACGAUGGAGAGAGGAGCUGGCGCAAUGGCCAUGGUCAUGGCCAGUGGUUCUCAGAUGUCGUUAGCAAUGGCGGCACGGUGGAGGUGCAUCCAUGCCCUCAGGGCCUCAGUUCACCGUGUCCAGGUGACAGAAUGGCGCAGUUGCAGGGUAUUUACAACAGCCUGGCCGCGUCCAACGAGCUCGUUAGAGUCUUGGCCAAUGUCUUGGGACCCGCCGGUGGCCUGAACCCGACGGCGGCGUCCCUCCUCUCCGCGCUGCGUUCGGAGCUCGACGUCGCGCGCGGCCGCGCGGGCCAGCUCGUCAGGCAGCACAAACGCCACGGCGACGAGUCGUCGACGGAGCACCUGCGGAGGCAGCUCUUGGAGGAGGUACGGGUGUGGAAGAGCAGGCACAAGGAGAAGGCGGCGGCCUACGCUCGGCUUGUGGCCUCGGAGCUGGACGGCGAGCGGCGGUCGCGGCGGCGGGCCGAGAGGGCGAGCAAGAAGCUCGGGGAGGCGCUGGCCGAGGCCGAGAGCUCGUUGCGGAUGGCGACGAGGGAGCUGGAGCGGGAGAGGGCGUCGAGGGAGAGGCUGGAGAAGGUGUGCGACGAGCUCGCCAGCGGCGGUUUCGGCGGCGCUGCGGAGGAGGAGCUGAGGCGGGAGGCCGAGAGCGCGCGGGAGGAGAUGGAAAGGGAGAGGAAGAUGCUGCAGCUCGCCGACGAGCUGCGCGAGGAGCGGGUUCGGAUGAAGCUGGCGGAGGCGAGGCUCCAGUUCGAGGAGAAGAACGCCGUCGUCGACCGGCUGCGCCAAGAACUCGAGGCCUUCUUGGAUAGCAACAAGGAUCGUCAAGAAUCGCCUCCUGAGGAACACCACCGUGUUGUCGACGGCGAUCAUCUCCUGCAACUGGUUCUUGCAUCGGAAUCAGGUGUCCAAGGCAUUGAUCGUCUGGCCGUAGACAAGAACGGACAAGAAGGCGAAGGCGAAGGCGAAGACGGCGGCGAAUGCGGUGAAGUUGAUGAUUCAGAAGGCAGCGACAUCGAGCUGAACAUGGACGGCAACAGCUGGAGCUACAUGACCACCUCCAGGGAGACGACGGCCAAGAACGCAGUACCAAUGCACGGCUCACCAUCGGACAGAGGGACAGAGUGCGGCGCCAGCGACCGAAGAUCCGAAGGAAUGGGAGAGGCACUGGAACAGGAUUGGGACGAAGGGUGCAGCAACGACAGGACAACCACCAAGGACCUGGACGAGGACGCGGAGAGGUACGAGGCAAUCAAGAACCUCAGGGAGCAGAUGCUGGCCGGCCAUGGUUUUGUCUUCCUGUCGCAAGGGGGCGCAGACGCUGACGGAGAUCGCCAUCGGCAUGAUCUGAUAUCUCAAAUUGAAGAGGGUGGCCUCUGGUGAGAUUGCCAUGGAGCACGGGGGAAAUUGGUUGGUGUUAGCAGUAACACCAACGCUGUUUCUUCAAGCCGGUGUGCGUAGUCCUUGUGUUUCAUUUGCACAGUUGUAGAGCUCUGUCUUUGGGUUUUGGAGUGGUUUCGUUUCGGUGUUUUUUGCAUUGGCAUUUGGCGCUUGGUUCCAGGAUCACAAAUCAUCAAUGCCUUGUACUUGUAUAUACAGACCCGAAUGUUC